AUGAGUUUAGAGGAGGCCGGUGCCCAACGGAAGUUGGAUUUGCAAGAAUUGGAGGAGAUUCAGAACGAAACCUACGAAAAUGCACUGAUUUAUAAGGAGAGAAACCGGACAUUUCAUGAUCAACAAAUUUCUAGAAAAACCUUUGAAGUUGGUCAGAAGGUCCUCCUAUACCAAUCCAGGCUCAAGCUAUUCCCAGUUGAAAUCCGGAGUGCUAAGACAGACAACAAGUUUGUGGUGAACGGACACCGCCUCAAGUAUUAUUACGAAGGUUUCUUAAGUGGAGAGGUUGAGACAGUAAGUCUAGACACACCACCGUGUCCUAAUUAG